CAUUUGCCAAUUGAAACAGUGAAUAUAGGACUGAUUACACUGGCAUAUGCUGGAGUGGAGGUGAAUAUGGUUGUUUUCUCAAAAUCUGUGCUGAGACAGACCAAUGUUGAGGUAGCAAAUACAUUUAGCCGAUGGAUGAGAACUACCUAUCUUUUCUCUCUGAUGAGUGCCUUUCUGAGUGACUCUUACAUGGGAAGAUACCUUACGUGUCACAUUCCAGGUUAUCCUUAUUAUUAUAAGCAGCUAGCUACUUUUGAUUUCUUUUUCUUGCAGGGAUUGAUAGCACUAUCCUUCUCAACUCAUAGAUUUCUGCUUAAGCCACAUGGUUGUGGCACUAUAGGAGUGUUAUGUGAGCCUCAUGCACCGAUUGAAGUUGCAAUGUUCUACCUAUCGAUCUACUUGAUUGCUCUUGGAAGUGGAUCUCCUGAACCUGCACUAGCUACAUUUGGUGCAGACCAAUUUGAUGAAGAAGAUCCUAUGGAAAAUCGAUCCAAGAAAACAUUCUAUAGUUAUUUCUAUGUUGCUAUAAAUCUGGGGUCAUUAAUUGCAGAGACAGUUCUCGUAUAUGCAGAGAAUAUAGGGUAUUGGGUACUGGGAUUCUGGAUAUGUGUUGCUUGUGCUGUUGUUGCAUAUGUGUUGCUUUUGAGUGGAAGUUUCAAAUAUAGGCACUUCAAGCCUUCUGGUAAUCCCAUCUCUAGAUUCUGUCAGGUGAUGGUGGCUUCAUUCAGGAAAAUGAAACUCGAGGGACAUCCAAAUGGAGAAGGGCUUUAUGAAAUUGCUGGAAAUGAAGGUGAAAUAAAUGGGACGAGGAAGAUACUCCACACUGAUGACUUCAAGUUUCCCGAUCGAGCUACCAUUAUCACCGCUAUGGAUAUGCAAGACCAGAGCAAACUGCCAAAUCCAUGGCGUCUUUGUGCCAUCAGUCAGGUAGAAGAAGUGAACUGCAUCCUGAGAAUAUUGCCAAUUUGGUUUCUUGCCUGCUGAGUGUUCAUAAAAUUGCUAUCUCUCUUUGUUGAACAAGGAGCUGGGGAUAAACCAAUCUCCAAAUUUAACAUUCCUCCAGCAAGCAUGACUGUUGACAUUAUAAGCUCGUCGGAUUUCAUUAUAUUAUAUGACAACUUCAUUCUUCCCUUGAUCAUCAAAGUAAUGAAAAGGGAACCUAAACCUUUAAGUGAACUUCGAAGAUUAGGCAUCAGGCUUGCAGGUGUUAUAGUGGCCAUGGUAGUUGCUGGCAUAGUUGAACUAUAACGGCGAAGAUACACAGAGUAUGCUGAUAAGGAGACAAGUUCACUAGGAAUUUUAUGGCAGAUUCCACAAUACAUUCUUCUGGGAACAUCCGAAGCAUUUGUGUAUAUCGCCCAAAUGCAAUCCCCUGAUGCAUUGAAAAGCUCAGGGGUCAGUUUGUCCAUGUCUUCAACAGCCAUCGUUAGCUAUAUUUACAGCAUGAUUUUGACAGUAGUGAUGGCAAUUACAUCGAGAAAUGGGAAGCCGGUUUGGGUUCCUCCCAGUUUAAGUCAUGGUCAUCUAGAGAGGUAUUUCUUUAUGUCAGCUGCUUUGGCAGCACUGAAUUUGGGUCGGUUUGUAAUAGUUCACAUCAUUUGAGAAGCGAGACGCGGAGGCGAGUUAGAUAAAAAUGCUAAAGAGAAAGUUAU